UGCCACCUUUUCAUUCCUUCUCACUUCAAGCUAGUUACAUUAUUUACACACACUAACCAAAGAUAGUAGAGAAGAUCCAUCUAUAUUGAGGAAAUGGCUAGUGAGUUUAGGCUAUUUUCUUUGGGUUUUCUGUUGUUUGCAUUGGUUAAUAAUGCAAUAUGUCAAGAAGAAGAAGGAACGAGGAAUGCUUUGGUGCCAGCCAUGUUUAUAUUUGGAGACUCUUUGAUUGACAAUGGAAACAACAAUAAUUUGCCUUCUUUUGCAAAGGCUAACUAUUUUCCUUAUGGAAUUGAUUUUAAUGGUGGCCCUACUGGUCGUUUCUCCAACGGUUACACCAUGGUUGAUGUAAUUGCUCAAUUGCUUGGACUACCCCUUAUUCCACCAUACACUGAGGCUUCUGGAGACCAAAUGCGAUUUGGAAUAAACUAUGCCUCAGCUGCUGCUGGGAUUCUUGAUAUUACUGGCAGAAACUUUGUGAGUUUUCUUUUUAACUUUUAAAUUUUUUGAAAUAUCCAAUUCAAUCC